ACAGUUACAUUCAAGUCUUACCUCCUCAGCAUGGGAAUAGCCAAUCCAGUAACAAGGGAGACGCAUGGCUCUGGUGCAAGUUAUCAUAAAGAACUCGCUAAAGAACUCGGAACAUUCUUACAAAAAAUCAUUUCGGGCGAAGGAGGAAUGAUGGCGCUGACCGAUGUAUACUGUAGAUUCAACAGAGCAAGAGGAAUGGAGCUUGUUUCCCCUGAAGACUUAAUAAAUGCAGCCAACAUGUUUUCAGCUGUGAAUAUUCCUUUAAGAUUACGAUCUUUUGACAGUGGUGUGCUGGUUAUUCAAGUUUUGUCCCACAAUGACGAGGAAGUCAUACGGACAACCAGGCAAAUGCUCGAUGAAAAGAGUUCAUUAACAGCUGAGGAACUCGCACACUUGGCGAAAGUAUCCGUCAUGUUGGCCAGAGAAAGGCUCCUAGUAACUGAACAAGCUGGCAAGGCCUGCAGGGAUGACAGCGUCGAGGGUCUUCGGUUCUACCCUAAUUUCCUUGUGGAGAGAACAGAUUGAAAACUGUUGUUCGAAGAAAAUUGAAACAAUUAAACUCAAAAAAAUCUCUAGAGCUUCGUCUUUGGGGUUAACUUUUGUGACCAACAGGAACUCGAGCGACUCUUCAAAUCACUUGCUCCUGCUAGUCUGCAGAUGAUGAUUCAGAGAGGUUAAGAUAGAAAGUUGAACACAUUCAAGAUAAGACGGAGGAAUAAGGAUGAAAGAGACAGAUGCGAUAACUGUAGUUUGAAACUGAUCUCGCCUUGAACAAGGAAGCUUUUUGACAAGCUAUAGAGCAAUCGCAGUAAAACACGUUCAAAUUAAAACAGCUUAUUUUAUUAACAGGAAUUGUACAGAAGUCUUGAAUGAAAAUAAUAAAAAAAGUACGAUCAUUUUGUUA